CGGGAUAGUCUGUUGUCUCACUUCCAAGAUGCACUACGUGCGUGUUCCAGUAAGACCCUGGCUGCCCAAGACAACACACAGGUGUGCUUACCCCUGUACAGGAACCUGGUCCUCAUGGAGAGGGUCUCCAACAAGUAAGUACCAACAUCCGUAACCAAGACAACACACAGGUGUGCUUACCCCUGUACAGGAACCUGGUCCUCAUGGAGAGGGUCUCCAACAAGUAAGUACCAACAUCCGUAACCAAGACAACACACAGGUGUGCUUACCCCUGUACAGGAACCUGGUCCUCAUGGAGAGGGUCUCCAACAAGGUUAGUUCAGCACGAGGAGUGUGUAAGCGCCUACUAAAGGCCUGUCCAGGCUCUGUGCCCCUGUACCUGCUGCUGGCUGAGGUGGAAGCCAGACAUGGGACCAGUCAGGACACACUCAACGUUCUUCAAGAAGCUACUUCAAGACAUGAACAGAGUGCAGAAAUACAUCUUGCCUUGGCCAAGUGUCUACUCUCUCAGGGUGACAAGGAAAGUGCUCUUGGUGCUCUAGUAAACUGUGUGGAGGCUUUCUUCAACAUAGAAGAUUCUUCAGAAGAACACACACCACAAAGACUCUACAGCAAACUCCUUGGCCAGCCCCUGCCACUGGGUUACACUGCACCACCGUACGCAGAUGGACUGGACCAUUCCACUGUGAGGGGGGAGCAGCUUUACCUGUAUCUCAACUACAGCUUGUUGCUGGGUCUCCAGGGUGAUAAUGCCAGCUCAGCGGAGGUGUACGAGGCAGCCAUCUGUAGUCUCACCAGCACCCGGGAUGUACAGACAGUCUGGAUGGAGUAA